ACGAGAGAAAAGAAAAGAGAAAGAAAGAGAGAGAGAGAGAGAGAGAGAGAGCAAAGGAAGUUCGAUACUGGUAGGGGUACUCGCAAGAAGGCGGCCAUAAUAGCUUGACGCGAUCUCGAGCGAGCGGCUACAGCUGCUGCGAAAUAUCCGCCGAGUUCCUCUCGCCGUUGCUGCGCGCAGCAUAUUUUGCAACAUCGUGCUGCGAACACAUCGCAUAUGCGGCCUCUGUCUGCCUUUGGAAAGCAGCGGAUUACUACGUAAUCGGUUGCGGGGAGUGUUACCGGGCGGAGUCUCGUGUUGUUCGCUGCCGUGAACGUGUCGCAUGCCUCGCGUACACUCAAUAAGUUUCUGAGUCACGUCCGCGACUCGGCAACGCGCGUGAGAAGGAAUUCGCCAGUUGGUAAUUAACGUUCAAGAAGAUUCGUAUCUUCGGAUGUCGUUGCCACCAUUGAGAAGAUCGAUGCUUAUCGUGAGACCAACGUAUCUCGCAUUGAAAUCUCCGAAAAGUUUCUCCAUUCAAAGCAGCUCUGCUUCAUCAAAUAUCGCUUCUGCAUAACAAUGCGCGUCUUAGUUACAUAAAAUAAUUUGUUGAACAAGCUUUUUGCCGAAGUUUCGUAUACAGAGUCAAACGAAUUUUGUAUAUAUGUAAUUUCUAAGACGGAUUAUUAAUACAAUAGAUUUUCAUCGUAAUUUUUUUAUCGCUAAAUUACGAGUCGAAUUAAAAAUGAGGGGAGCUAAUCAGGAUACGGCGACACCGUAUUGUCGAUGCAGAGUACUCUAUCUAGGUAGCUCGGUACCUCACGCGAGCAAAGAGGGUCUACUGGGCGUCCAAGAACCUUUAAGAGAGCUUUAUCCGGAGCAGGGUGCGCUGGGCGCACGCGGAAUCGAUUCCUGGCUAAGCGUUUGGAGCAACGGUUUACUGUUGGAGAACGUCGACGAACAUCGUAAGAAGGUCACGCGGUUCUUUCCUAUCGAAGCGCUUCAUUACUGCGCCGCGGUCAGACAUGUCAAAGGUGGAAACAGCGAUUCGUCCAGUACGCGGUUCCUGCCGUUGGAUUCGCCGUUUGCGCGAACACCCAGCGCCAAUCAUCCACCCUUGUUUGCCGCCGUAUUACGAAGAACAACCGGCAUCAAGGUCCUCGAAUGUCACGCGUUUAUCUGCAAGCGAGACAUGGCGGCCAACGCCCUGGUAAGGUGUUGCUUCCACGCUUACGCCGACAGUAGCUACGCAAAAGGCCUGGAACCGUCGUCGGCGAUGACUAACGGAGUCACCACGGGUCAUCAACAAUCAAACAACAGUCUAUACCAUACUCUAGGCGGCUCGAGCACCACUCUAGACAGUCCUCAACCGACUCGUUUAGAUACGACGUCAACCGACGAUCUAAGCCUGUAUAACGGCGAUGAGAAUCACAAGGUCUGGGCGAGGGGUCGCGAUGAAGUUGAUGCUCUUUAUCAGGAACAAGGCACCCUGCGAAGCACUAAGGGAUCCAGGCCGCGCCAAUUGAUCGCUCCUCCACCGCCGCCACCACCGCCACCCCCUCCUGCGCAACCGUUAUUGCUGGAUGAAUCCUCCUCUUCCUCCGCGCGACGAAAAGCUAAUAAGAAACUGAAGAAAAUGAAGACUCGUUCGUUGCAUGAGGAUGCAUUGCAGCAGCAUCAACAGCAGCAUCAACAGCAGCAGCAAUUUCUCCAUCAUCAGCUCCAUCAAGGCAUAUAUGCCAAUGGCCACGGGCAUCACACUCUAGGUCAUCCCAUCAGGCAGCAGCACUACCAUCCUCAUCCGCUACCACCCAGUAGUCGAUCCGUCGCCGGUACUCUGGCUAGACCGACACCGGUGCUUUUGGUACCAGCAGCCACCUUGCCGCGCAAGAGUCAUCAUCAUCCGCGUAUGAGACCGAUUCCGGCUGCGACACCCAUAGUACCGAUCUACGCUCCUUUACCGGUAGUACCACCAUCCGCAACACCGACAGCGGCUAUUUAUCCGGCAGGCACGUAUGGUACUGCCGGAAACAGAGGCAGAAGACACCCGGAGACAGAUAACUCGACCUUAAGCACGUCCAAAAGAUUAGCUGCCUCUCACGCCGAUCUUACCGCGCCGGAAACCGCCCGGCAAGCGGACAGUCCGGAGAAUGAAUCUCGCUUUGGUACUGGCAUAUAUCGGCGGAAGGGUCAUCUGAACGAAAGAGCCUUUUCUUACAGCAUCCGUGCCGAACAUCGGAGCAGGAGUCACGGUAGCCUGGCCUCCUUGGGCUUUAGCGCCCAGAACGGCAAUGCGGUGCCGAAAGAGGAGAAGAAGGAUCGUGAGAUCGCUCAGCUGGUCGCCGGAUUGAGCCUCAAUGAAGGAUCGGAGCGGACGCAGGCUUCGAAUUCGAGGGGAGGAUACCCUCAUCAUCAUCAACAGCAGCAGCAGAUACAACCGCUGCCUAGACCGAGACCCCGUUAGAAUCAUUACUUGAGACUGACCUGCUUCAAUGUCAAGCUGUCUGAUAAUUUCUAGGUGAUUCAGAGCGACUUCUAAAUAUAUUUCAGAAAAGGAAAAAACACCAUUAAGAUAGCGUUUUUAGCCUUGACGUGAAAUUGACAUGUGUGUUUACCUUGUUAAAUGCCUCUAUUAGAUAAUUGAUCGUCAUGAAUUCAGUUGAUUAUAUUCUGCUAAGUUUCUAUUGUUAAAAUGCUAAAAAUAGACGAACAUGACGUAUUUGAGUGCCUAAAUAACUCUUAAUAAUUACAAAAAUAUAAUUAAUAAUUGUAUAAUCAUAAAAAUUCUCUCUCCUUGAGAAUUCUUUCUCUUCUCUUAUUUACUGAUGAUGCUGCUGUUGGACGAUUGUUCGACAAUAAAUCUCACUUUUUCCGGUCGAUCGCGUUGACGCAAGAGCGAUUUUAUCUGGAUUAACAAACAUCUCCUUGCAGCUUACUUUUCCAAGCGUGACACUAGUGUACAACGAUUUUCUGUUCUGUCAUCGUGUGAAAAAAGAUUGCAACGCAAAAAGUUGAAAUUCCGAUAUUCCAUAGCAAAGUUUAUCUAACGGUAUUAUAGCAACAGACGUACUUCAAAUUGUGCCUCUUAAAAAACAAUACCGAUUUUGAAGAUAAAAAAUACUAUAAAAGUUCUUUUUUAUUCUGAUUAUCUUUAAUUUCUGACUAUAUUUCAAAUGUGCUUGAAAAAUUUUAUUAAACCAGAUUAAUGUUCGAUGUAAAAAGAAAAAUCGAUGAAGCAUCUUAGAUCACAUGAUGACAUAAUAUCUCGAGAAACGCAACGACCUUCCUAUCGCGCGAGCUUACUAAUUAGACUGUAAUUAGUGUCGCCUUACGAAUGAGACAGUUCUGCUGUCUGAAGCUCAUUAUGUGAGAGUGCGAAGCAUGCAGUAGACUGCUAUAUAAUAUUUUCUUUGUGAAAAUAAAUCGAAAGAUUUACGAAAAGAUAUUUUAAUGUCGCCGGUAUUAAGUUAUUUCCUUGGACAUUUUAAUACAAUCAUAUCAUGAUACAACCAUACCAAAAAAAGUUUCAAUCGCAUUUUAAUUUUCAUUUUGUCAAAUAUAAUUAACUAAAGCAUUUUACUUCUUUAUAAAUAGUAUAUAAUUUUAACUAAAUAUAAUAUAAUCUAUUGAUUGUGCGUAUAAUAUUUCAUAUAAUUAGGGAAAAAAGUAUAAGUCAAGUAAGAUGUUACAUAAAGAAUAGAUCAAAGUCUGAUUGGAGGUUCCAAUAUUUAUAUCCGCGAGAAAGAUACGCGAGUCACAUAUAUCACAUCGACCGAGAAAAAUGUCCUUGGUUAUGACAUUUUGCGGCCGACACGCUUGCUGAAGUUUUAUCGUAACAUAUUAGCACUAAUGUCGUAGGUAAAGAUUUAAACGCAAAAAGAAUCUCGUCGAUACUAGUUAUGAGACAUGAAUCUUCACAGCGCUUGAAAGAAUUUUAAAAGUCACCACACGCACAUAUGAAUAUAUUCGUAUGCUUAUUACCGUGUGUUUGACAACUUGUUCUUAGUAUUGUCGAUGAAAGAAUUAUACGCGGCCUUUGAAAAGUUGAAGCAAAUUACUUUGCGAAAACAUGUUUUUAAAGACAGAAGAUAGCUAUGUCGUAUUAUAAAGGACAUUAAUUCUUGAUACUGACACAAAUGCGCUCACCGAUUAAAAAUAUUUAAUGCGCCGAGAUGCUUUCGUGUACACGUCAAAAGAUCUUAAUCGUUCAGUCGCUACGCUAUAAUUAACACUUUUGUUUUAAUCGCCUUGUGCUGCGAUUACGUAAAUUCUGUCAUAUCCUAAUGCCGAAUCCUUGAAACUCCGAAUAUUCUAAUUUUGCCAACGUCGCGGUUUUAGUUUCUUCAGUUUAAAAUAUCGUUUAAAAAUAUAAAUGACGCGCUGCGAAGAUUCUGAAUAAUUCAUGUGCAUGUUAUUCAAUGAAUAGUCUAGUCAGAAAGUACGUAAAAACAAUUAUUCGUCAUUAUGCAACUAGUACAUAGCAUUCAAAUGCUGCUCAGAAGAGCGUUUCUUCUUCGAUCGGUACGUCACCAAGCGCGUCGAUUAUGAAUGAUAAAAAAAGGUUUCACCUUUCACCGCAAAUUUCUCCGAGCGGUAUAAUGAUAGGCGUUACGCAGAAAAAUAUCGACAAAGAAUGUACAAACAAAAAAAUUAAUAAUUAAAAUUAAGUCUUGUAACUUUUACGAGAGAUUGAAAAUUUGUAUUUAAAAUUGUAUUGGAAAUAACUUUAAUAAUAUAUUUGCGACAUUUCUCUCUUUCGUAAGCGAUAAAAAAAACAGUAGAAACGAAAAUAAUCUUAUGUAAAUCACCUUUGGGCUUUCAACGAAUGCAUUGCAUAAUCGACACAUUUUUGUCGUUCCGAGUUAGUAUUCGAUUGAAAAAAUAAUAUUCGUGUAUAGAUUCAGAAUUAUAGUCAACGAUGCAGUCUUAUAAAAGGUGGCAUUGUCGAUAUUUAAACGACGCGUGCCUUCGAACAGAAAGUUACAACGACACGUAGGCAUCGUUAAUGCGUCAUCGCUGACUUGUUCACGGCGGAAGUAUUAUGCAAAUCGGAAAACUGCAGGCAGCAUUUCUUUAGAGAACGUUUCUUUUAUAGCCUAUAUUGCUGGAGAAAAAGAGCCGUAAGUCAUAUUCCUGAUUACGUGCUUAACGAGCGAUUAAGUAUCGUCAGAUUAAAUUACAGUCAAUUAUCCGACGAUCAAUUAUCUAACUGUAAAAAAAGGCGUUUAAAAAUUCAAAAGCGACAAUCGCUUGGAAACAAAUAUGAAUCCCACGUCACUGAUUAUUAUCGUGCAUGCCGGUUGUACACAAACGCGCGCGCGAAGGAUGCACACUUUAUUAGUCACCUGACUAUCGUUACCACGUUGUUUCCUCGCCAAGGCUGCUACGCGGUUAUAACAUAAUUCUCUCACAAUCAGUUCUUUUUUUAUCGCGCUCUUCCCAGACCUCCGAGCAACGUUGCGACGCUUGAUAAAAAUGUACGUUGUCUAUGGCGAGGACCAUUAUAUUGUUGUAGCUACUGUAGUUGCUGAAGUAGAAAGUGAGUAUAAAAUAUUUAUGAACCGACCGCACAUCUCGUGAGUGCGCAUUCAAGUAUAGAUACGAGUAUAUAGAUCAUUUCUACAUAAAAAUAUUUAUCAAAUAAGCCAGACAAAGUUAAUUAAGUAAAUAUAUCAUUAAAUUGCGCAGAAAUAUCAGGCGGCGUUUCAGUUCUGGUCGACACGUGUAACGAUCACAAAUAGAAAGAUGCAUCGGGAGAGAUUCAUAUUUAUAGAUAUAAAUUUUUCGCCAAACACGAAAUAUAUUCAUUUUAUUAAAAAUUCGUUGAAUUCAACAAACAAAAAGAAAAGGUCUAAUAAAAUAUAAGAUGUUUUAUUGAAAUUUUUCAACGAGUUUCAUGUACGAAUGAACGGUAGAAUUUUAAAGCAAAUUUCAACGCCGGACAUCACGCUUGCUCGGACACGAGACGCGUUAUUUCACUUACGGUGCAUUAUAUGCACUAUGCACGCGAACCUUUCCAUCGUUGUCGUCGUCGUUGACUACAUUCCGUUCCCCCGUGUAAUUUUCAGGGUUAACCGCAAACGUCGUAUACGCGAUACUCUAGUUUCAGAAUCGCAGCAAACAACCGGUAGAAUGCAAAUCACCUUGAUUGGUGGCUCAAAUGGAGCGCGCUCUUUCCUACGAUAAAAAUGCUUUUUAAUCAUUUGAUUAUUUCCGAACGAGUCGAAAGUCGGAUUUAAAAGCUUAGGCAACAUUCUCCAAGAAAGUCUGCGCUCUGGAUGUUUUGUGUAUAUGAGAAAAACUACUGAAUUAUUAGACUGUAACAUAUUUAAAAAAAAAAGGAAAAAGAAA